AUGCAGAGGCGAUGGUUUCUGGGGAAGCGUGCGAUUGCUGCGCUGCUCUUCUGCUUCGUUCUGCUCCUGUAUCGCCAGGCCUGCAGGUCUCAAAGCCAAACCACACGUCCAGCAGGGGAAGAUGCAUUCGAGGCUUUACUGCAGCAGCAUGAGUGGCACUAUCUCCAGCACAGCAGGAACCUCACCAGACUGAUCUCACAGCUGAAAGCAGAGCUGCAGAGAUCCGCUGUGGAGCUCGAGGAGCAGAACCAGUCAGAGCUGGAGGAGUUCCUGCGGAAGCAGCUCCGACGGGCCGAGAUCUUCACCGGAGAACGGCUGCCCGAUGAGUUUGCGGUGCUGCCGUUUGAGACCUUCACCCUCCGCCGGGUCUAUCAGCUGGAAAGCGGACUGGCGAGACUCCCGGUGGAAAGUGUGAUGGGUCAGGACCGCAGGAACGAGCUGAACGGAGCGCUAGAAGCAGCGCUGCAUCUGCUGAACGAACCUCAGCUCAGAGACUCACAGCAGCGCAGGCGUGCGAUUGCUGCGCUGCUCUUCUGCUUCGUUCUGCUCCUGUAUCGCCAGGCCUGCAGGUCUCAAAGCCAAACCACACGUCCAGCAGGGGAAGAUGCAUUCGAGGCUUUACUGCAGCAGCAUGAGUGGCACUAUCUCCAGCACAGCAGGAACCUCACCAGACUGAUCUCACAGCUGAAGGCAGAGCUGCAGAGAUCCGCUGUGGAGCUCGAGGAGCAGAACCAGUCAGAGCUGGAGGAGUUCCUGCGGAAGCAGCUCCGACGGGCCGAGAUCUUCACCGGAGAACGGCUGCCCGAUGAGUUUGCGGUGCUGCCGUUUGAGACCUUCACCCUCCGCCGGGUCUAUCAGCUGGAAAGCGGACUGGCGAGACUCCCGGUGGAAAGUGUGAUGGGUCAGGACCGCAGGAACGAGCUGAACGGAGCGCUAGAAGCAGCGCUGCAUCUGCUGAACGAACCUCAGCUCAGAGACUCACAGCAGCGCAGGGUUUACUCUCCUCAACAUUUCUAUGAAGGAAUCUUUCGCACAGAGAGGGACAAAGGAACAUUAUACGAUCUCACGUUCAGAGAAAACAGCGUUCCAGACUUCAGGAGGCUGGUGUUCUUCCGUCCUUUCGCGCCGCUGAUGAAGGUGAAGGAGGAACUGAUGGAUGCAUCUCAGAUCCUCAUCAAUAUAAUCGUACCUCUGGCUGACACAGUGGAUGCAUUCAGACAAUUCAUGCAACAUUUCAGUGACGCUUGCAUUCGUCAGGAUGGACGGACGCAUCUCACCGUGGUGCUUUUUGGGUCAGAAAAGAUGCAUGAAGUGAAAGGAAUUCUGGAUGGAAUAUCAAGGAGAAUGAAAUACAGGAACGUGACUCUGAUCCGUCUGAACGAAGCCUUCUCCAGACGACGAGGCCUGGAUGUCGGCGCUCGAGCCUGGAAGCGAAGCAACGUCCUCCUGUUUCUCUGUGAUGUGAACAUUCGGUUUAGUGCAGAGUUCCUGAACUCCUGCCGUAUGAACACAGAACCAGGUCAAAAGGUGUUUUAUCCAGUGAUGUUCAGCCUGUAUAAUCCAGAGGUCAUCUAUGGUCAGCAUAUUCCUUCUGCUGAAGAUCAGCUGGUGAUCAGGAAAGAUUUUGGCUUCUGGAAGGAUUUUGACUUUGGGACGACGUGCCAGUACCGAUCAGACUUCAUCAACACAGGUGGAUUUUAUGUGUCUGUGAAAGGUGGAGCUACAGAAGAUGUUCAUCUCUACAGGAAGUUCCUCCACAGCAGUCUGAUGGUGGUUCGCGCUCCGUCACGCGGCCUGUUUCACGUGUGGCAUCCGACCGUCUGUCACGCACAUUUAUCCAGCGAGACAUUUAAACUGUGUUUGCAGGAUAAAGCGCUGAACCAGGCGUCUCACAGUCAGCUGGGACAAAUCAUCUUCCACCAGCAGAUCAACAAUCAUCUGCACAAAUACAAACACAAUAUCAAGUCAUGA